AUGCCAUGGCAGGAUGUGGAGCUACAUCAGAAAGAUGAGGAGCUGGUUAGUCCAGAAGAGAUAAUCCCAGAGGGAGUGUACGGGCUAGUUAAGAUUGACAAAGAGAGGUACAAUAGGAGAACUUAUUGCGGUUGUGUCUUGGCAGAGACUGAGGAGUGUAUGGAGGUUCUCAUGAGCUGCAUUAAGCUUGACGAGUGGAAGUUGGCGUCUUCGCCUAAUGGAGAUAUCUUGUCAUCCGUGUCAAGUGACGGGCCAGUCGUGUGUGGCAGCUUAAGUGGUAUGAUGAGGCAACAAAUUGUCGUGAAGAAUUGCAGCCUUGAUGGACCUACUGCUGCCUUGCUUGGUGCCCAGACAGCAAGUUUUUGUUAUCGAGUGGUUGCCGCUCCGGAUUGUCCUAUUGUGGGACCGAAUGGUAUGAUUCAGUCAUUUUUCAUCAAUUUGAAACUUCAAGCAUCGACUGAGCUUUUUCACCUCCGUUUUUUCUACGGAUUGUGCGAAAAAGGCUUUCAACACCCAGAAGUAGCGGUCACAAACUUUGUUGGUUGCCAUGCGAAGACCAGUUCUGAAGUGGAAGCGCUACCAAGGCUCUCGUUCUGUGGAUAUAACAACCUUGGCAUAUCAUUAACCUUCGCAAAGAUGUUCUCACUCUGCUUUUUCGAUGUAGGCUACAAGCGAGGGCUGGAUUGCGUGCAGAAUAAAAAGGAAUGA